UUCUGUCUUGUCUCUCAUUCAAUCAAUCUGUCUUAUCCCCUUCUCCUCUCCCUCUCCUCCCCCCUCCCCUCACUCUCCCUUGAUCCUCCUAUACCUAACACCACACCAUGUCCGAUCCCGAGCCCUCCUCUCCGCCAUCAUCAGCCCAACCCGCCGACUCGACCGCCGCCGCCGCCCUCAACUAUGCCUUCCUUGUCCACUCCCAGAAGACCCUGACUCAGAACCUCCCCCCACGCGUCGACAACAAAUUGCUGGCCCGCCAGAAACGCCGUCGGACCAGUCCCGAAGACCACGCGAUCCUGGAGACAGAGUACCAACGGAACCCCAAACCAGACAAGGCCGCCCGCGCCAGUAUAGUCAGUCGCGUGUCGUUGGGGGAGAAGGAAGUCCAGAUCUGGUUUCAGAAUCGCCGUCAGAACGAUCGUCGGAAGUCCAAACCCCUUCAGCCUCACGAGCUCCUCGCACCGCGGUCCGACGCGUCGAAGCCCAGUGGAAGUGACGAGUCCCUACCGACGGAACCAGGGUCGUCUAGUGGCACGGAGCAGUCGGAGGAGAAUAGCCAGGACCAGAUCCCCGCGACCCAAUCGUCCGACAACAACGCGUCGUUCGACUCGGACCUGGUGCACGGAGACAAGAAUGACCUGGAGCAGCCGGGCCUGAGCUCGCAGACCAGCCUGGCCGUGACGGAACCCAUGGAGGAUUCGCAAAUAGCGCCGCCCGAGACAAUGCCCGAGCCCGAGUCGACGCAACCCCAAUCCCUGGAGGAAACACCGCCGCUCGACGAAUCAUUGCAGAAUUCCGUCAAGAGAAAGCGCUCCUUCUGCGAGAACCGCGGGAGCAGGCCCUCGAUGCCGGAAGCGUCGACCCCGGGCACGGCCCACGAUGUGAAGUCCCCGCCCUCGCUGCGGAUCUCGCUCUCGUUCGAUGGGGAGGCCAUGGUGCGCAAGGAAGACGAACUCACCCCGUCGCCCCCGAAAGGGCGGAACGCCCUCCGCAUCGCCAUGUCGUCGGACGGGAAGGCCGUGAUCCGCGCGGACGGCGAGCCCUCGCCGUCCAAGAACCGCAUCUCCAUGUUCUCCGCCCGCAAGCCGCGCUUUGCCGGGCUGCGGCGCAGCAGCAGUGCCGUGGCCUUCAGUACGCCCCGGGGCGGUCCCACGGAGGCCGAGCGACUCUUCGGCCGAUCGCGCGACCCCCGCAACUGGGAAUCCUUCUUCGAUACCGAUGCCAGAAGCGCCCUGUCGACCCCGACCAGCGCCCAGAGCGCCCCCAACGCGGGCUCCCCCGGCCUCUUCCGCGCGCGCGGCCAGCGGUCGCUCACCCGCAGCCUGUCGGCCAGACAUGGCAACGCCCUCCACCACGCCCACUCCCACUCCGACUACCUGAACACCCCCGUGCCCAAACCCUCCGGCGAGAAGCGGCGGAAGCUGUCGCGCACGGUCUCCUCCCUGGGCCGCCUCGAAACCGGCCGCGCCCUCGGCAACCGAACCCCCCACACGGCGCCCAACUCCAAAGGGUACUCGACGAAGGAGGACGGCGACAUGGAGUUGCACUGGGGGGACUCGGAUAAGGAGAACUGGAUCCCGGGGACGCGAGUCUCCCACGUCCGUCGACGCGCCACCUCCCAAUACCACCCCUCCCGCCGCCCGGUGCUCAAGGAGGCCAACGGCGGGAAAGCCAGCCGGGAGUCGGGGUCGAGCGGUCGGUUCCGAGGGCCGCAGUCGCAGUCGCAGUCGCAGUCGCAGUCGCAGUCGCAGCAGCAGGAGGGGGCCAAGGAGGCGCCCGAGGUGGAUGCCGAGGUGUCGGCGUUCAUGAACGGUGGCGGCAGUGCCAGCCAGGAAGAAGACCUGGACUGUAUCCAGGGCCUCCUGUCGCUGAGCCAGGGGGCCUGGAGAUAAACCGAUGAUUGAUGAUCGGUUUGAUUACGAACCUUUCCUUUGUACCUUCUCUUCUUCUUCUUCUUCUUCUUCUUCUUCCCCUUCUU